GGACUGACCAAACUGGCCAGCGUCUACGCUCUGCCCCGGGCCCUCUACGCUCUGGCCCGAGACGGUCUUCUGCCCAAAUGCUUUGGCCACAUUACAUCCUGCAAUAAACAACCCACAGUCAGCCUUCUACUGUCCUCCGUUCUCAUUAUCCUGCUAGCCAUCUUUCUGAGGAUCGAAGUUCUUGCUGACUUCAUGUCGAUCGGAGUCAUUUUCUGCUACUUCAUUGUGGGUGUGGAUUUGAUGGUUUUUCGUUACCUACAUGAACCGGUGAGUGAUGACAAGAUGGAUGAAGGGGAUGAAGCCACAUUGUUGGCUCUAAGGAUGCCAGUACGCGAGUUGGUUGUCUGCAAGCGGACUCUGUCAGUACCGAAACGUCUACAGUUUCGCAUGGCAUUUAAAAUUCUACUCAGCACCUACACCUUCCUUAUCCUGAGCCUCUCCUUGUUGAUCGAGUUUGCCGUCACUACGAAGCUUAUUCUGAGCUUUCUUCUGGUGGGAGUUUUUGCUUUCGCGACUGGUGUUGUCGUUGUGCUUUUGGCCUUUUACAGGCCAGCGGAGAGUGUCGCUGGAUUUCAGGCAAGUCUCUUGUUUUUUUUUUAA